AUGUAUGACAACCUUUAUGAUGAAAAGAUGACAUAUGAUAUCAUGCUGGACCUACUAUUCACACAACAAGAAAAUGUGCAAAAGAAUGGACCUAAUAGGAAAUAUAUGAAUGAGGAUGUGUUUGCUGUCAUUGCUGGUCUCAAUGCAAAAAAUGCCUACCAGGUGGCAACGGUCUCAAGUGUCUUCAAGAUUCCACAGUUUAACUUUGGUGCAUAUGAGUCUACACUUAGAGGUACAACAGAUGUCCCAUUUUUGUAUCGAAUGUCACCAAGAGAAACUCUCCAACCCAUUGGAAUUACUCAGCUACUUUUGCAUUUCAGAUGGACAUGGGUUGGGCUCAUUGUUUCAAAUGAUGAUGAUGGAGAAAGCUUUGGUCAUAUCCUGACAUCUCUGCUUUUGCAGUAUGGCAUUUGUGUUGCCCACCAGUAUAAAGUAGGAGAAUCAAAAUAUGUGUGGGAUGAAACUUAUCACAACUAUAUGUCAAAGUUAUAUACAGAACUUUUCUUAAGUGAGAUAAAUGUGGUAAUAGUCAGUGGAGACUAUAAUUCGAUGAGUGGAUUACAAAACCUCAUGGGACGAAAUUGGGAGAUCAAUCCUGGGAAAGUUUGGAUCAUAACUGCUCGGUGGGAUUUCAAACAGCAUAUUGGUUUAUUUGUAACACCUCCAGAAACAUACAAAGGUGCCUUUUCUUUUUCAGUCCACAAAAAGCCUGUGCCAGGUUUUCAUGAGUUUCUUGGGAGCUUUAUGUCUGAUAAGCCAGUGAUUCGCUUUUUCAUGGAUUUCUGGUCAACUGCUUUUGUUUGUUAUUUUUAUGAAGACAGCUUUUCACGUUGUUCACAAAGUAAGAUGUGCACAGGCAAAGAGAAACUGGAAUAUCUGUCUGAGUAUACAUUUGAUAUGGAUAUGACUGGUGAGACCUAUGGCAUCUACAAUGCUGUGUAUGCUGUAGCCCAUGCUUUACAUGCCAUCCAUGAGUCAAGACCAAGAAGAGAUAGAAUUGAACAGCUGAAUAUUCCAUCAUGGCAGCUGAAUUCCAUACUGAAAAACAUCCAUUUUAACAAUGGUGCAGGGCAUGAAGUAUUGAUUGAAUAUGGAGAAGUUUCAGCUGGCUAUGAUAUCAUCAACUGGAUCAUUUUCCACAAUUUCUCUGCCAUUAAACCCAAGUUUGCAAGUAUUUCCCCUAACCAUGAGUUCACCCUCACUGGGAUAGAUGUUGUGUGGAACGACAGACAUAAACAGAUACCACCAAGUUCUAGGUGUGUUGAGAGCUGUCACCAUGGACAGCAAAGGAUGGUUCAAGAAGGGAAACCAAGUUGUUGUUAUGGCUGUAAUCCGUGCCCAGAAGACAUGUUUUCUAAUGAGACAGAUGCAGUCCAUUGUCUUAAAUGCCCAGAAGAUCAAUAUCCAAAUAGGAACAAAACCAAAUGUAUUCAAAAGGUUCUGAGCUUCCUUGCCUAUCACGAGCCCUUGGGCAUUGUAUUGGUUGUCCUUGCUAUCUUUUUUGCUGCAUUAACAGUUUUGGUAAUACACAUUUUUCUAAAAAGCUGGACUACUCCUAUUGUCAAAGCCAACAACCGGAACCUCACCUGUGUUCUGCUUGCCUCCAUCUUGCUUUGCUACCUUUCUUCCCUUCUCUUCAUUGGCAAGCCUGGGAAGCUGGGCUGCUUGCUCCGCCAAACAGCAUUUGGCAUCAUUUUCUCUGUUGUAGUUUCUUGUGUGUUGGCAAAAACCAUCAUGGUGGUCUUGGCCUUCCUGGCCACAAAGCCAGGCAACAGCAUGAGGAAAUGGCUAGGGCAGAAAGUAGUCACCUCUAUUGUUCUUUUUUGCUCGCUCAUUCAAGUGGGUAUUUGCAUUGUGUGGCUGUUAACUUCUCCUCCCAUCCCCAAUGCUGACAUGCACUCACAGGCUGGACAUAUUAUAUUGGAAUGUAAUGAAGGUUCCAUCACCAUGUUCUACUGUGUCUUGGGCUACUUGGGCUUUCUGGCCAUGAUCAGCUUCACUGUAGCCUUCCUGGCCAGGAAACUGCCAGAUACAUUCAACGAAGCCAAGUUCAUCACUUUCAGUAUGCUGGUGUUUUGCAGUGUUUGGAUCUCCUUCAUUCCAGGUUACUUGAGCACCAAGGGGAAAUACAUAGUGGCUGUAGAAGUUUUUGCCAUCUUGGCCUCCAACACUGGCCUCUUGCUUUGCAUAUUUCUUCCAAAAUGCUACAUCAUUGUUCUAAGACCUGAUCUGAACACAAGAAAGGUCCUAAUUGAAAAAAAGAGUUAUUAA